GCUGGUGCCGGGCAGGCGAACAGAGGCAGGCUGAGCACCGAAAACAGAGCCUUUAACACCACUGGAAGGACUGAGCAAGCAGGAUGCCUGGAUCAGCCCCAAUCAGCUGCUUGGGACCAUGGCCCAAAGAUGUGGGUAUCAUAGCCAUGGAGCUGUACUUCCCCUCUCAGUAUGUGGACCAGGCUGAGCUGGAGCAGUUUGAUGGGGUUUCAGCCGGUAAAUACACCGUGGGCCUGGGUCAAGCUCGUAUGGGUUUCUGCUCAGACCGUGAGGACAUCAACUCCCUGUGCUUGACGGUGGUCCAGAGGCUGAUGGAGAGGAACGGCCUUUCCUACGACAGCGUGGGACGGCUGGAGGUUGGCACAGAGACCAUCAUCGAUAAGUCCAAAUCUGUCAAGACUGUCAUCAUGCAGCUGUUUGAGGACUCGGGGAACACAGAUGUGGAGGGCAUUGACACUACCAACGCCUGCUACGGGGGGACGGCGGCGCUGUUCAAUGCCGUCAACUGGGUGGAGUCCAGCUCAUGGGAUGGCCGCUAUGCGUUGGUGGUUGCUGGGGACAUUGCCGUCUACGCCACAGGAAGUGCGAGGCCUACAGGAGGAGCUGGUGCAGUGGCCAUGCUGGUCGGACCCAACGCUCCUUUGGCCUUUGAACGAGGUCUGCGAGGAACCCACAUGCAGCACGCCUAUGACUUCUACAAACCAGACCUGGUGUCAGAGUACCCUGUGGUGGACGGGAAGCUGUCUAUUGAGUGCUAUCUGAGUGCCUUGGACCGCUGCUACUCGGUGUACCGCAACAAAAUCCACGCACAGUGGCAAAGAGAGGGGUCAGAGAAGCGCUUCAGCCUGGAGGACUUUGGUUUUCUAGUGUUCCACUCUCCGUACUGCAAGCUUGUUCAGAAGUCGUUGGCCAGACUGAUGCUGAACGACUUCCUGAGCCACCCGAGCCCCAACACUGAAGACGGACCGUUCACCGGCCUCGACGCCUUCAGAGAUGUGAAACCAGAGGAGACCUAUUUUGACCGGGAUGUGGAGAAAGCCUUCAUGAAGGCCAGUUCUGACCUGUUUGACAGGAAAACCAAGCCCUCGCUGCUGAUCUCCAAUGAGAACGGAAACAUGUACACCCCAUCAGUCUACGGCUGUCUGGCAUCCGUCAUCGCAACACACACACCUGCACAGAUGGCUGGUCAGAGGGUUGGAGUUUUCUCCUACGGCUCAGGAUUUGCUGCUACUCUGUAUUCUCUCAGAGUCACUCAGGACCACACACCCGGAUCCAGUCUUGACAAACUAGUGUCCAGUCUGUGUGACCUUAAGGUCAGACUAGACUCGAGGAAGAAGGUUUCACCUGCAGUCUUCGCUGAGAACAUGAAGCUCAGGGAGGACACUCACCACUUAGCCAGCUACGUCCCUCGAGGCCCAGUGGACGAUCUGUUCCCAGGCACAUGGUACCUGACACGAGUGGAUGAUAAACACCGAAGGGAAUACGCCCGCAGACCGCUGGACCACGACCUGUCAGCAGAACCAGAGCUGGUUCGCUCCAGCACCACCGCAGAGCACAUCCCCAGCCCAGCCAAGAAGAUGCCUCGCAUCCCUGCAGCCGCUGCCGGCCCCGAGGCCGCCGUCAGCAACUGAAGUCACAUGACCUCUGAGAGGUAUCCACGUCCCAGUACUCCACACUACUGUCAGAACCAGUCAACACUAGAGGACAGAACUAGAGGCCAGAGCACCUGAGCGCCAUCACAUGUUCAUGUGUGUGAGUGUUCAGCGUUGGAGCACAGCCCUGGAGCUGCCUGGACUCUGCCCAUUGUCCCUCUGUUGUCCAUUCCUGUUGGACAUAGUCCACAGCGGGCGUGAGAAGCAUUUCCUUUAGUAAUUCUUAAUCUUGAAGUUUACAUUUAGACAUAUCUACUCUUUGCAUUAGUGCAGAACUGGUGUAUUUGUGGGAGGUUUGCAGGCAGAUGUUUGCAGUGCUGAUAGUGACUUCCUGCUGGCAGCAGGCAGCCGGCAACAGGAAGAGGAAGUGGAGCUAAUGAAGAGCGGCCUGUGGAUCCCUGCUGAUUCACAGAACAAACAGACGUGGGCCUUGAACUGUUUAUGCAUCAAAGUAGAACUGCUGCUGCUGUGGAAUCUGUGACCACGCUCAGCCUGUUUGUGUCCAGUACCUCCGUUUAACAGACCGUGGGUUUUACAGAAGGUUCAUUAUGGGAACAGUGGGACAGGAAGUGAUACUUCACUCCAGAGUCAGCGCUCAUCCUGUAGAAAGUGGGCGGAGCAUCACUCCACACUGCUGUUGACUGCUGGGGCUGGAGUGAAGUUUCUAAACCCACAGUGUGGUUAGGGUUAGGGGUUCGUUAUUUUACCUUCAAACUCGCUGGCGUGUUUUAAAAGUGUUUGACAUGCAUCAAGUAAAAACAGAACUUGUUUUAUGUUUUCUAUUUCUGAAAGGCUUCGGCAAUCAUGACAUUCAUCCUCAGAAUAAUAAUCCUCUGCAUGUCCAGCUCCAUUUCAGUUUUCUUUGAGGGUCCGAUGCUUGUCCAUGUGGAAAAACAGCAGUGAGUUUAUGUUCCGUCCACACCAAGAAUGAUAAAUCUGAAGUGUCAUUGGCUUCACUGACAGAAUAAUCUGUGAAUAACAAAAACACUGACAGCCAAUCAAAUCUAGGCCUGAACUUACAAACCCUUUAGCCAACAGGAAGGCAGCUUUUUGACAUUUGAGACAAUGUACUUAAACAAAUUCCUCCUUGAGCAUCAAAAUAACUGACUUAUGACUCAAAUAAGUUCCUUUAAACACCAUGUGAUUAAAUUUGAUGAAAAUGGUGACACCCCCCCCCCCCACACACACACACACACACACACACAGAUUGGUGAUGCUUUGGUGCCGUGGCAGAGCUUGAUGUUUUGCUAUAAAUGGCUCAGUACUGCUCUCUCUCAAAUGUUCAGAGGUGCAGCCCCUGUAUGAGGUUUCAGGUCCAGACUUGGUACCUAACCCUAACACAUACUUGGUCAUUUUGGUUUGAAUAUGCACAUUUUUCUUGGUUUCGACACUUGCAUCCAUUGUACUGACAACACAGUAAUGAUCCAGAAGCAGGCGGAGGAUAUUUACACCCUCACAAUAAAAUCCACUCGACUCAAAGGCGAGGGCCUGAUUUUAUAUCCGCUUGCAUCAUUAUUCAUCUUGAUAACAAUAUGAAAUGUAAGAAUAACAGUUGAAAAGAAAGACGAAGAGGAGAAGGUGUCUGUGCUAGAGGCGGUUCUUGGUGUGGACGGUUCUUGACACA